CUGAAAUGGCCUAGCUCAGUUAGACAAUGUCCUGUAGACAGACGUCAAUAUGAUUCUAGGAGAUCCCAGAAAUUGACUGUACCCAAUGUGAUAUUGUGACCACAUCCUAGUGUGCGGUCACUAUUAUUGCAUUUGAUAUUUGUUGUUUGAUAUGAAGACAUUGUUUGAUAUUUAUUCUCAUUUAACCAAUCAUCAAGUUUAGUAUAGACAUUGUGGAUUUAAUUGACCAUUUUCCCAUCAUCCUUUAAUACGCUAUACCAGUUUAGUGCUGUCAUCCUUUGCCUAAUGACCUUAUUAAUGACCUUACCCCUGGCUUAUAUUAGACAUUUUCCUAUCUCAAGUCUAGGGACAAUUCCAUUUGUGACAAACUGCAUGUUGCAUGGGUUUAGGAAGUGAUUUGAAUUAUCAUAAAAUGGUGUACACAUUUUCAGGUCGGUUUGAGAGCAUGGGGUAAUUAAUUUAGCUUACCUGCUUUACAACAAAUGUAUAUUGCUCGGAUAGGAAUGCUUGUAUUGACUAGCUAGAUCCUCCCUCGCUUGGAGAAUACGUAAGAACAGGUCGGGGCUAUGGACAUCACUUGGCUUGGGGACCAUUUCAUAGCUCAGUAGCGUGCAGUACUUGCUUGGAGUUAUAGAAUGCUGGUGUAUGGAAAAUGGCUGUAGAUUUUAGCCGCAUGCUCUGGUCUAGUAUGCACCAAGUGGGAGCAAAUUAUCUGCGAAGAUCCGGGAGAUGAGGCCAGGUGGCUACUGUGUGGAGUGGAAACCGACAGAGAUUGGGAGCCAUCUUGUGGAGGUUUAUUUCGCUGGAAAUCUCAUCCCCGGAUUCCCCAGCGUUGUCAAGGUGUUUGACGCUAACAAAGUCAAGUUGCUGACUCAGCUUGGUAGAGCCGAGGUUGGAGAGUUGUAUGAGUUAACAUUUUUGGUGGACGAGGCUGGUGAAGGUCGUUUAGAGGUCGUAGUUGAGUGUGAGGGGGAAACAAUUCCCAGUUUUGUUGAGAGAAGGAAGGAGGGACAGCUGACUACAACCUUUACUCCUAGGGUCGGAAAAAAACACCUGGUCACGAUCACCUUUAACGACCAACAUGUUCCAGGUUCUCCAUUUACAAUCCAGGUUGAGGAUAUGGAGGAGAGGGUGACUAGAAUCGAGGAGACAGUAGUUACCUCAGCUGUAACUAAACCCCUGUCAAUCAACGUCCACACACGCCACCUUCAGAUCGACCAGCGCCAGUGGUUCGUCCUGGAGACAUAUGGAGGCGACAUUGAUUCACAGAAUCUUCAAAUACAAAUUAUAGCGCCAAACGGCAUUGGUAUACCGGCUCGCCUUGUAUCACAGUCUGGAGGCAACUUCCGUGUGGAAUGGACCCCAACUACACCAGGUCGACAUCGUGUGGAGGUACAGUUUGCUGGUCGCCAGAUUGACGGUAGUCCAUUCUUUGUUGAUGUGUUUGACCUACUUUCCAUCCGAGUCAACAACUUCCAACAGGGAGGAGUUGGUGAAGACGCCAGCUUUAACGUGGACUUGGCUGAUGCUGGGUCAUUAGAGAGCAGCAUACGAGUUGUCAGUCCCUCCGGCCGAAAUGUCAAAUGCAGCGUGGGCGGAGAUUACCUCAAGUCUGUCACCUACGUACCCGACGAAGGAGGACCACACAAUAUCUACAUCACUUACGCAGGGUUUGAGUUACCAGGUAAGUCUUUGUUUACCUGAAAUCUGACCUAUUUACCUUAAUUACCAAG